CCAGGCGGACACCUCAGUCUUCCUGCAGUGGCGCCGGCCGCAGCAGGUGCACGGCUCCAUCGACUUCUACCACGUCAUGUACCGCAGCGAGUACGACAACGAGUUCCAGGAGGCCACCAUUCCCACCUCGUUUAGCAUCGAACAGGAGAAGGUCCUGCUCGCCAAUCUGACGGCCAACACCAUGUACGAGGUGCGCGUACGUGGUGUUACCAAGUCGCGCUUCAACGCCAGUACGCUGUACGUCGGCCGCAGCUCUGAGCCGCGCAAGGUGCUGCUGCAGCCGGACUGCGAGCGCGUGCAGUAUCUGCGCCGCCAGCGCGAGCGGCCCGCCGCCUGGGAGCUCGGCUCCGGCAUGGUGGCCGGCGUGGUGUGCGCCGUGCUGGCGCUGCUGCUGGCCGUGCUGGCGCUACUCGUCUGGAGGAAGUAUUUCCAAGCGUCUUACAACUACCUGGAUGACCCGCACAAGGCCAUGUCGACGCUCUCCACCGACUGGGAGUCCGACUCUCCGGACGGGCCAGCGGGCGCCACCCCCGUCCACCUCUUCCCCAAGCACGUGACGCGUCUGCACGCCGACGGCGACAUCGGCUUCAGCAAGGAGUACGAGGCGAUCCAGGCCCAGACGCUGCUGGACGGCCACACGUCCGAGCUCAGCCAGCAGCCAGAAAACAAGCACAAGAACAGAUACCUUAACAUUGUAGCCUACGACCACACGAUGGUUCCUCUUCAACCGACGAGUCCCCAGAAGAAGGCGGACUACGUCAACGCCAACUUCAUCGACGGCUACCAUAAGCCGCGCGCCUACAUCGGCACCCAGGGCCCACUGCCGGAGACGUUCGACUGCUUCUGGCGCAUGGUCUGGGAGCAAGACGUGCACAUCGUCGUCAUGAUUACCAACCUGAUGGAGCGAGGACGGAAAAAGUGUGACCUCUACUGGCCCCAGGAAGGCAAGGAAGCCUACGGCGACAUUCAGGUCACUGCGCUGGGUCAGAAUGUCAUGGCCACAUACACCAUCAGGAAAUUCCGCAUACGGCAUCUGCAGCUGGACAAGAAGCGUAGCCGCGGCGCCACGGAGCGCGUCAUCUACCAGUACCACUACACGAGCUGGCCGGACCACGGCAUCCCGCAGAGCCCGCUGCCGAUCCUCAGCUUCGUCAGGAAGUCGGCCGCCGCCAAUCCGGAGGGGGCCGGCCCGAUCGUGGUGCACUGCAGCGCUGGCGUGGGUCGGACCGGUACCUACAUCGUCCUGGACUCUAUGAUGCGGAUGAUCCGGGCGAAGGGCGAGCUGAACGUCUUCGGCUUCCUGAAGCACAUCCGGACGCAGCGCAACUUCCUGGUGCAGACCGAAGAGCAGUACAUCUUCCUGCACGACGCUCUGCUGGAGCUGGUGGAGAGCGGCGAGACGGACAUCCACAGCACCUUCCUGCGCCGCUACCUGCACAACUUGCAGACCACUGAGCAGGACAUCUACCCCUGGUACAACCUCGACAGGCAGUUCAAGCUGAUCAACUACGACCAGCCGACCAACAAGAGCAUCGCGUCGGCGCACCACCAGCUGAACGUGCCGAAGAACCGGCGUCCGGACCUGGUGUCGACCGAGGCGAGUCGAGUGCGGCUGAGUCCACGCUCCGGCGUCGAGUGCUCCGACUACAUCAACGCCAGCUGGCUGCCCGGCUUCAGCAAGCUGGACGAGUUUGUGGUGACGCAGCACCCGCUGGCCGCCACCGUCACCGCCUUCUGGCAGAUGGUGUGGGACCACAACGCGCAAACGAUUGUCCUCCUCAGUCCGGUUGAUGAUCAGGAGUACUGCAUCUUUGGCCGAUGGAGCACGACGACAUUGAAGCCGACCAGUUCCGGGUGCGCUUUAUCGCCGAAGCGCAGAGGCGGGCCGUACGUGCUGCGCGACUUCACGCUCCAGUCGCCAAACGGUACGAUCGAAGCGCUGGCUGCCGAAUGGCAUGGCCUCUUAGCGUCGCUGACGGAUGAGUACGAGCUGGCAGUGCGCAUCAUCCAGUGCUCCAGCUGGCCGGAGAAUUGCAGCCCCAUCGUGCGCGUAUUCGACUUGAUCCAGGUGGUGCAGCAGUGGCACCUGGAGUACCAGAACGGGCCGUGCCUGGUGGUGGACCGCUUCGGCGGCACCGAGGCCGCCACCUUCUGCUGCCUGACCACGCUGAUGAAGCAGCUCGAAUACGAGUCGCACGCCGACGUGUACAUGUACGCGCGUCUGUACCAGGCGCGGCGGCCGGGCGUGUGGCGCUCGCAGGACGACUUCCUCUUCCUGUACCGGGCCGUCGAGGCGCUGGUGGCGGACGACGCGGACGCGCCGCCGCCGCCGCCGCCGCCGGACGUGACGGACGUGCAGCGCCAGACGCUGAAGCCCAUCCUGAAGAAGGCCGGCCAGCGGCAGCGGCCCGCCUCCACCGCCACCGUCCGCAUCCCGCCGGACGGCAUGGAGAGCGUCGUCGUCGACGUGGGAGAGUACGUCACGUGA